AUGCGCUUGCUCAAAUGGAAGAUCACACUCACGGUCAGCUUGCGCUCUCUGCGCACGCUUUCGUCACUACUUGUCCAGGAAGAUAUCGACGAAGAAGCUUAUUCCGAGAUCUGGUCGCGCGCUUGGCCAUGGAUAGAGUUCUUGGGACAACUGACCGACCCCGUUACUGAUGCAGUCAACCACUCUGCAUACCUGCGUUUCAUCGUUGCCUUUUCUCAUCGAGAAGAAACAGUCUCUGUGAUCUCCAUUACUUCUGGCGUGGGAUAUUUAAUAGGAAGGGCUUGGGCGCAUGCUCUUCUCCAAACCAAGACCAUAACAGCUUUGUUCGAAGUCUCGCUCGCACUCAUCAUGGUGGACGAUCUGUAUAAAUUUAUCGACGAGCUGGUCGAUGGGGUUGGCGGCUCAUGGGACUCUCUCGCCUCGAUCGUAAUGGCUCAUUUAUACUUUGUCUUGGAUCACGGUACCGACUUGAAGCCAGAGAUGUCGUAUAUUAGCUCUGGUAUCACGGCGUUCCUCUCGGAAGUCUUGAUGAAUCUCGAUGACUUUCGAGAUGUGCUCCUCCGACAGGGGUUUGUAUCGGUCGUAAUUCACAUUACCCAAGCCCGUGCCGUAUCCCUUGCAGGAAGAAAUGCACUCGGUGACGACGAGUUUGAUCCUGUGAAAAUGCUGCAAGAACUAGUUGCUUGUUGGAUCAGUGCUGACAGGGCCCCGAAUUCGGACCAAGCGCAAGCGAUUUUCAUUGAGGCUAUUCAGGCGGGAAUAUUCCCUACCAUCUUUGACUGUGCUGCUCUACCGGACGCCUUGAAUAUGGAGCUACAAUUCAAAGCUAUAUUUGUCUGUUGUAUCCCGCCUCUGACCAUGCGGCGUUUGGUUCUCGUCGAAUUAGACGCGAUAUUCCCCGAGCUCCAGCGAUUCGACGCCGUUGAAUAUCUCAGUCCUCAAAGCUUGCAAAUGUGGAGGAAUUUUCUUGCGAUCACCGCGCACAAUCUAAACGUGCUUCGCUGGUACAACUCGGUUAGAAACGUGCCGACUCUGGCUGCCUGCGACAAUCUUGGUUGUGCGAAGGUUAUGGCCCGUUAUGAACUAUGGUGUUGUGCUGGAUGCCGCAACGCUCUAUAUUGUGGAACGGCUUGUCAAAAAGCAGAUUACAAGCGACCACAACUGGGACAUAAAGAGUUGUGCUCGUAUCUUCAAUCGUACAAGUCCAAAAAUCAAUCUGGAAAUCUGGAUCUCAAGUUCUUGCGCGCGGUCGUUCAUUACGACUAUCGUACGAAUGAACAAGAGAUUGGGAUGCUACUACUCAAGUUUUUGCACGCCAAUCCUUCCACGACGCCCACCGUCCGUUUCUGUUUAGAUUACUCGACGGGAAGGUGUAGUUUUUCGAUCGAACCACUUGCCAUGACCGAACACAUUGCACCACAGCGCGUGCAAAUCCUACGAUACUUUCCUUGGAAUGAAGCAAUUGACCAAACAUCCCCGUCGGCUCUGAAGUAUGCGCACUCAGAUUUUUGGGAUAGGGUUCAAUUGCACAUGCUGGAGAUUCGCUACCCUUCAGACUCACUGGCAGCCAAUGUGCCUUCUCCGAGUCGAAGCCCGGGCCCGGGCCUUAUCUUCCCAUUCCGCGUAGCUUGUCCGGGCCUCGUCAUCGGUUUGCGUUCACUCGUCGCAUCGUUACCAGUUUAUGAUCCUUCCAAUCGUCAUACGAUCGAUUGCGAUAAUCACCGAGAAGUGAUUCGGGACUUGAUUGCGAUAGAAGGGCUGAAAACACAUUAUGGCCACUGA